CGUGGUAGGGGUGAGCCGCUCUGCCACGCUGGUCCUGGCCUACCUCAUGCUGCGCCAGCAGCUGUCCCUGCGCCAGGCAGUGAUCACCGUGAGGCAGCGCCGAUGGGUCUUCCCCAACCGAGGCUUCCUCCACCAGCUCUGCCGGCUGGACCAGCAGCUGCGGGGUGCAGGCCGGCGCUGAGGGGCCAGAACUGGUACUUACUCCCUGCCACAGGGCUCUGCCACUUUGCCACCCUGGCGCUGGCCCUGCUGGUGCUGCUGGAGGCUCUGGCCCAGGUGGGUACCCAGAAGAUGGUAAGAGACCAGUGUGGGGUCCGCCCUAGAGCCUGCAACUCCAUGUGCUUCCUCCUGCUACCUGCAACCCCUCUCAGCCACUGUCUCCAGUUCUCACAGAAACAGCAUCAAGCGUGCAGAGACAGGCGGCUGGAAGCCGGGAGCAAAAAGUGCCGGUCAGAGAAGACCUCAGCCUGGGCCAGAUACCCCCACAGGAUGGACUCGCUGCAGAAACAGGACCUCCGGAGGCCCAAGAUCCACGGGGCCGUCCGGGUGCCCCCCUACCAGCCACCCACGCUGGCCUCGCUGCAGCGCUUGCUGUGGGUCCGUCGGGCUGCCGUGCUGAGCCACAUCAACGAAGUCUGGCCCAACCUCUUCCUGGGAGAUGCGUACGCAGCCCGGGACAAGAACAAGCUGACCCAGCUGGGCAUCACCCACAUCGUGAAUGUCGCCGCAGGCAAGUUUCAGGUGGACACAGGUGCCAAGUUCUACCAUGGCAUGCCCUUGGAGUACUAUGGCAUCGAGGCUGAUGACAACCCCUUCUUCGACCUCAGUGUCUACUUUCUGCCCGUUGCUCGAUACAUCCGAAGUGCCCUCAGCAUUCCCCAAGGCCGCGUGCUGGUACACUGUGCCAUGGGGGUGAGCCGCUCUGCCACGGUUGUCCUGGCCUUCCUCAUGAUCUGCGAGAACAUGACGCUGGUGGAGGCCAUCCAGACGGUGCAGGCGCACCGGGAUAUCUGCCCCAACUCAGGCUUCCUCCGGCAGCUGCAGGUUCUGGACAACCGACUGGGGCGGCAGACGGGGCGGCUGUGACCUGGUGGGCAACCAGGAGCCCUGACCCUCCAGCCAGCAUGGCCCACCCAACCAGCCUGGCCCUGGGGACCUUGCUUCCAGUGACCUUGAGAUGUAAACAGCAAGUGGGGGCUUAGCUGAGGCAGAGGCAGGGAGAGCUGGGUGGUGACCUUUAGCAGGUGGAUCUCCCUGACCCAAUCCAAAGAUUCUUUAUGCAGAAAAGAGUUCAGUCUGUCUCUAUAAUAAAAGGUUCAUCAUAAUAAAGA